AAGCUUUAUUUUAAAAUCUAUCUUAUCAAAGUACAUACGACGAAUUCUCUUCUUCCAAAGAAACUUAUUAAGUAUUAUAAAACAAAAAUUGAAGCAGUAUUAUACGACUUAAAUGCUUGCUUAUUAUAUAAAGACUCCAAGGACCCUUGGAUCCCGUAUUGCCUAGCAAGACUCACUUACUCAUCAACGAAAGAUUUAUCAAAAAUGGUGAGCUGCGUAACAACAUCUCCACAGGAAGAAGACACACCAAAACUAGACCUUGGUAACAUUCAGAGACCACCAAUCUUCAACCCUUCAAUGCUUAACCUCCAAGCCACUAUCCCAAACCAAUUCAUUUGGCCUGACGAUGAAAAACCUUGCACCGAAGCUCCCGAGCUUGACGUUCCCCUCAUCGAUCUCCAAAACUUUCUCUCUGCUUCCUCUUCUCCCUCCGCCACUUUAGAAGCUUCUAGGCUCAUCUCCGAGGCAUGUAGCAAGCACGGCUUCUUCCUAGUGGUCAAUCACGGCAUCAGCGAAGAGCUUAUAUCAGAUGCUCAUGAAUGCAUGGCCCGCUUCUUCGAUAUGCCUCCCUCCGAGAAACAAAAGGUUCAGAGAAAACCCGGCGAGAGUUGUGGCUACGCAAGCAGUUUCACCGGCCGCUUCUCCACCAAGCUUCCAUGGAAGGAAACCCUUUCUUUCCGGUUCUGCGACGACAAGAACAGCCCAAACACUGUUCAAGAUUACUUCUGCGAUGCGUUGGGACAUGAGCUUGAGCCACUUGGGAAGGUGUAUCAAGAGUACUGUGAGGCAAUGAGUUCCUUGUCACUGAAGAUCAUGGAGCUUCUAGGGCUAAGUUUAGGCGUAUCUCGAGACUACUUUAGAGAGUUUUUCGAAGAAAAUGAUUCGAUUAUGAGACUGAACUACUACCCUCCAUGUCAAAAACCAGAUCUUACAUUAGGAACAGGACCUCAUUGUGAUCCAACUUCUCUCACCAUCCUUCACCAAGACAAUGUUAAUGGUCUUCAAGUCUUUGUCGAAAAUCAAUGGCGCUCCAUUAGUCCCAACCCCAAGGCCUUUGUGGUCAAUAUAGGCGACACUUUCAUGGCUCUAUCGAACAAUAGAUACAUGAGCUGCUUGCACCGGGCGGUGGUGAACAGCCAGAGCGAGAGGAAAUCACUUGCCUUCUUCUUGUGUCCGAAUAAAGACAGAGUAGUGAAGCCACCAAGAGAGCUUUUGGACAGCAACGCACCAAGGAGAUACCCUGACUUCACUUGGUCUAUGUUGCUUGAGUUCACCCAGAAACACUAUAGAGCAGACAUGAACACUCUCCAGGCCUUCUCAGAUUGGCUUAUACCAAGAAGCCCAUCAAAUAAAUAAAAUAACAUAUCUGUCGUUGCUUUGUUAGUUACUAUGUUCUUUAUAUGGUAAGAGAUCAAUAACACAGUUUAGCACUUCAUUUA